AUGGCUGCCAGCAGUGGCGGCUCUGGUGAGUCUUGCAAUGGCGUCCUAUGUCGCUUCAGUGCGUGCACCGCCGGGGGGAACAACCAGAGCGCCGCAUGGAAAGCGUAUGCUACAGAGCCUGGAGAAACGGAAUUGAGGUGGCAAAUCCUUCGCUUUUUGCCGAACGUCGGGUAUACCGAAUCAGGGAAAAAAAGAUAUUGGCGUCACAUUUCUGAUAAUUUCACCCGUUGGGAAGCAUUGUUGCAGCUCGCUCAGCUAGACGCGCCGGCCAACAUCGGGAGGUCCCUCAAAAGCAUCCACUAUCGGCAGGAGGUGGACCAGCUGGACGAUGCCAAUGCGGAUCAUUGGGUGACGUCCGCAGCCCUGCUCUGCUUGCUGGCAUCGUGGGUCAAUGACCGCCGCCGCCUCGACAUACGUUCGCAGUGCCGCGCGAUACUGGUGGCGUUCUUGCAGAAAACCGUUCCCGUCGAGGCGGUGUCCAACGGCCCGCUAUUGGAGUUGCGGCCGAGCACUUCUUGCCAGGCGGCUUGCAGGAGGCUCCCUAUUGUGGACGAUCGAUGCCUUUGCCUGCAACAGUUGGUUGCUAGCGCCGCCAGUGGCCCCGAGCAGGUAUCGCCACAAGCUCGCGUGGCUGAUAAGUUAGUAGUGCUCCAGAAGGAGUCUGGGACGUGCGCGGCAGCCCGGCGUUGGUUUCAGGAGACUUUGCAAGCGCUGCAGCAUAUCGUCGACGACGCCGUGCAUCUGUGGGGCGACUUCGAUUGGCACAAAGGCUCCGACGCGAAGGUCGGAGGGGAAGCCAAGAGGAGGAGGCUCGAUCCACACGUGAAAGUCAUGGCGCUCCACACUGCUGUGGCCGACGGCUCCCAGGCCACGGGGGCUGCGUCUGCUCGCGCGCACGGCAUCGAGGCUUCCGAAGGCGUGAAGAUAAUGAAGUCGGAGCAAGCGUGCUAUCAAUGUGCCUGUCACUUGUCGGCUGCCAGCUCCCAGCAGAUCGCCGUUUGCGUCGACGGGGCCCGCAUGGGCAAGCCCUCUCGCGAGAUGCUCCUGGGGGCCCUGAGCUGCGUGGACACGGACGCCCACUUCAUCUUGCCGCCGCAGGAGUUAGCAGGCAUCCCGGGGCCGAGUAGACUGCGUUGCCAGGGCCCCGUGAAACAAACGCUGGCGCGCGCCCAGCAGGUGCUCAAAGACUACCACGAGACUGCCGGGAAGGAUGCCGCACUCCUUUCGGAGGAGAGGCGGGAGGCUCUGCAGGCCAGCCAGGCUUUGAAGCUCAAGAAGAUGUUCCAGGCAGAGCUCUCGGAGCGCGAGAGCAGGCAGCUCGACAUGCUCGACACCGAGCUCGGCUACGAUCAGAUGCAGAGGAAGGCCAACCUGGCGUGGAUGCGCGCUUUGGACAACAUGCUCAGGGCAGGCUGUGGGAAGACGCUUUCCGAUUUUGUCCCGAGGAGGAGGUUGGCGGCCCUCGGGCCUGGCGAGCGUAGAGAGUUCGUCAAUGUUCAGAUGCCGGAUGGGUCCAUGGAGCUCCGUUCUGUGAUACAGAAGGAGGACGGAGUCCGGUGUUUCGAGCUGCCGAGAGUGGUGGUGGCGAACCGUCGCGUGCACCGUAUUAUGCACAUCGCCUUGGACCAAGGGUCCACUGGAUUGCCUUCGCUAUUAUGGCUCGCCCUUGGCAAGGGCUUGCGUUGCACGGUGACCUGGGACCUCUUUCAUCGUCUUCACAACGACAUGGCUGAGGCGCUUGCCCUUGCUGGAUUGACGGUCAUCCGCCUGGAAUUCUACCAGGUUCUGAAGAUGCGCAAAGGCCCUUGGAAUGGAGAUGGGAAUUGGAAUGUGUUGAGGGGCGCAGCUCGGGAGAUGAAGACCACUCUGAAGGCGGACAAUGCGUUGUUUGAGUUCUUGUAUGAGGACUUGGUGCAGUCCCGGCCCGCGCUCCGCAACCGAGUCGAUGUAGGCAGCGCGGAGCAUCUUGAAGCUUCCUGGCGGUACGUCUGCGACGAGCUGCGGAGCAUCGGGGAGGCAGCGCAGUUUAAGUGGGUCGACCUGAUGGGCCUCAUGUACGUGGGUUUCAAACGGAAAUGGUGGAACUUUGCGAACAACCCAUUGCUCGGGGACCGCGCCCUCCUCGAGGACGCUGGCGAUGAGGCCCUGCCUGGCGAAGGCGAGGCGGAGGUCGACGGGGAUCUUGCAGCAGACCACGGGGGCGAGCCUGACGCUGCAGAACAUGGGCCUUCGGACGAAAAGCUCAGCAUGGAGGCUGCUCGCAAGGUAGUCACCGAGAAGAGGAAACACGUCGCCCAAAUACUUCAGUUUGCAGGGCUCACGUUGGCGAACAGCUUGAAAUGCAGACUCUGGCAAGGCAUGGCGCACUUGCCGCAGCCCUUGGAAGACUUCGUCGGCGCGGCAGUGGUCAAAGUCAAAACGAAGCAGGGCCUGGUAGAGCUGCACCGCGAAUUGACUGGCGGAGUGCUGGUCGAGGUCGCCAGGGACAUUUUGCUCAAAUUCGUGAGCUCCGCCUUCCACGAGGCGUGCGAGUUCAAGGACAGGGUUGCGCCAACAAAGCGUGAGAAAGAUGAAGACAUGUCUGUCUUGAGUUGUUUGUGGGUCUAUGCAUGCAGGCUGUGCGGGGAGAUUCUGAAGACCCAGCAAAUGUUCUGGGCUCCACCGAUGUGCUUCUUACCACUUGUCGACAGCGAGCCUGAUGCGGUGAACGCAUGCUUGGCCUCACUCCAAAAGUCAUGGGAAGCACUGCUCCGACUGGAGACAGCAGCUUGCGCAGAUAAGAAGUGCAAGACGUUCGUUGACGGCCUGCUGGCGCCUCGCAUGCAGUUUGUUAGGGAGGCCUUUGUUCGCCUGGCCGAGACUGGUUUCAAGUGGGUACCCGACGAUCUCAGGGAAUGGUUGCACGGUAUGCUUGCCUCUUUCCUCUCAUCUCUCUUGAACGAGCUCAUGGCGAAGAAGGGCCGAGAGGUGGCAUCAAAAAACACCAGCAAGAGGAUCGACCCGUGCACGCUGUACCACUCUCUAUCGCUUGGAAGCCAUCUGUUGGAGGACUUCGAGCGCAGUCCAGUACCCAUAACUGGCGCUGCGCGCGCGGCCAGUGCCGGCAACGUGCCCACGGGAUCCUUCUUGUUGGACUGCGACGCAGAUUUCUCGUUGUCCCAGGCGGACGAGGACGCUUUCACCUCGAAGGAACCCGAUUGGCCGAAUGUGGGCCCAAGGUCCAUCAGGCUUGGCGCCGUGGCCUGGCAACUGAUGUUGUCCACCGAUGGCGACUGGCGCGGGUGCGACCUAGGUUUCCUGAACCUCCUCGUCCAGCCCGGUUCUUUGAUCAUAGAGGAGGGCAGUGGCCAGGCAAAGCUGGCACUUGCAUCCACUCCAUUUGGUUUUGUCGCUUACCGCACUAAGAUUACUCAGGCGAUGUGGUUGGAAUUCGCCCCAGUGGCGAAGGAGUCCUGCAUGUUUGGUCGAAUCGUGGACCCAAGCAAGUGGAAGGCGAGCUCGGUCGCUGCGAAGCUGAAGCCUGCCGAUUUGGAUGGCGGGGUGCCUGCGGCCAUGUGCCCGAUGUUUGCGAAGGAGUCCGGGCACCUGUUGACGUAUGCCGCCAGGCGGGGCUUCAAGGGUAUGACUGUGGCCCACAUGUUGCGUUUGUUCGACUACCUAGACGUGGCCACCAGACCGAAACCGCGCGCCGAGGUACCUCUUCUGCACGCGUUGGUGGCGCACGUGCUACAGGAAAAAGCCACACAAGGAGUCUUGAAGGAGGCUCUGCUGCGCCGACACGAGACUGAUGAUCUACCAGCUCGACUACGCUCUCAGGUCUCCGAGGUUCUCGGCCCCGAGUUUGAGGAGGACGUGGAGGAGGAACUGAUGGACGAUAGGGACAUUAAGCAGCAGUGCGAGGAGCUGAAGGCAGCGAGAGCGAGGGCGGAGGUCAAACAGAAAAAGAACAUGGCCGCAGCAACAGCGAUGAUUCCAGCCUUCCCGCCGCCUCCCGCUCCGGCCACGGCAGGCCCAGCGGGGGGAAGGAAGAGGAAGUUUACGCCAGUGCCUGCGACGGGGCUCUCCAAGGAGGAGGGGCAAGCCCUGUUGCCUCCAGGUUGCACGUUCAGCAAGGAUUUGAAGGAGAACAGGUGGAGGAUGAAGUCGCCUCAUCUGGUGGGCGCGCUCAGCAAGUCGUAUGGCCCAGCCAGUGCUCUGGAUGACUAUGGUGCGAUGCUCUAUCUUGUGCUGAAGGCGUGGAAGGAGGAGGGCCGUGUCAAUGAGGUCGAGUGCCCAUUUGAAUUCGAGGGAGCCGGGCACUUGCUUUCACUGCUCUAG